AUGAACUCAUCAAACAUGUUAGCCAACAUCCCUGAGGCCAUUCACAUGGCUGACUACCUGGCUCAGAAAUGGAAGGAAGCAGAAGCUACCCUACAAAUUUCCAAGGAGAAAAUGGUAGGGAGAGAACAGGAAGUCCUGUUAACAUUUGAACAAGGGGAAGAAGCUUGGUUAAACAGAACAAACAUCCAGCUACAAACCAAUUCAGAUAAGUUAGACCCAAAGCAACUAGGUCUGUUCAAAGUCAUUGAAAAGAUCUCCAGUCAUGCCUGCUGCUUAGAUCUUCCCCCACCAAUGAGAAUCCCCAAUGUGUUCUAUGUGGGCCUAUUAUCCAACAUCCAUAAAUCCCCCAGUCAACCAUUUCUAGAAAAACCCCUGCCUAAAACAAUAAAGGGGGAGGAGUAUGAGGUUGAACAAGUCCCAAAUUCAAAAAGAAGAGAAAACAAAUGGUCCUACCUGGUGAAAUGGAUGGGUUAUGGUCUGUAG